UUUGGUGCAAUUGGCUCAUUUAAGAAUUUCAAAACCUUUAAAAGCUUUUUUUUUUUUUAAAGGAAAUCCAUAAAUUUUGUUCCCAGGGUUGCGCUCGACUUGGAGUGCUGUUGUGUACAUACUAUUAUAUGGUUUUAUUUAUUUUUUUUUUUUACUGUGCAAAUCAGCUAGAUUUUUUCCAAGUGCCAUUUAAGAUUUAUUCCUAUUUUUUUCCUUCCCUCAGAUAUAUCUGCUGUUGUCAUUUUAAGCAUUUGAGACCAGAAAAUUAUUUUUUUUCCUCUUUGGAGCUACUAGAUCUCUUGCCAACAGAAGGACAGCUGGGGAAACUGGAUUUAAAGGAUGUUUUUUAUCUGUAUUUUGCAGUUAAGAGUGAUAUUUUGAAGGCACAUUCUUUCUGUGAUUCAUUUUUUAGCCCAUAGUGCUAACCUUGAAGAGAUUUGUGGUUGGGUUUUUGGUUUCUAAGAAGGUCAUAGUUUUUCCUCUUUUCCUUUCAGUUUUUUUUUUAAGAGGGGGGAGGGGAAAGGGGGCUAAGAAAGGAGACCAUGUUAACUGGUAGAAGUAGAAUGGAGCGUCAGUUACCAGGGUCCUGAGAACUGGAGGAAAAAGGUUUCAAUCUUCAAGUUGGGAGGCCCUCCUCUCACCUUUCUUAAAAAUUGCAAGUGCUCCAAUCCUGAUCAAGACACCAAAGCUACUGGAACCGUGGAGACACUGAGAAACCAUGAGUGUAAGGUUACCCCAGAGCAUAGACAGGUUAAGUAGCCUGUCUUCUCUGGGAGAUUCUGCACCUGAGCGCAAGUCCCCUUCCCACCAUCGCCAGCCCUCUGACACCUCUGAAACAGCAGGUCUUGUUCAACGCUGUGUCAUCAUCCAAAAGGACCAGCAUGGCUUCGGCUUCACAGUCAGUGGGGAUCGCAUCGUUCUGGUGCAGUCUGUGCGGCCUGGAGGCGCAGCCAUGAAAGCCGGUGUGAAGGAGGGCGACCGGAUCAUCAAAGUCAAUGGCACCAUGGUGACCAAUAGCUCACACCUGGAAGUGGUGAAGCUUAUCAAAUCUGGCGCCUACGUCGCACUCACACUCCUGGGCUCUUCACCUUCAUCUGUUGGUGUCUCUGGGCUCCAGCAGGACCCGUCUCCAGCAGGAGCUCCCCGAGUCACCCCGGUGGUCCCCCCACCACCACCUCCUCCACCUCUACCACCUCCACAACGCAUCACUGGACCCAAACCCCUGCAGGAUCCCGAAGUUCAAAAACACGCCACCCAGAUCCUCAGGAAUAUGCUGAGGCAGGAGGAAAAAGAGUUGCAGCGUAUCUGUGAGGUGUAUAGCCGGAACCCCGCCAGCCUGCUGGAAGAGCAGAUCGAAGGUGCCCGGCGGCGAGUCACUCAGUUACAGCUGAAGAUCCAGCAGGAGACUGGUGGCUUAGUGGACAUACUUCCACUCUGUGGUGAUACCAGCCAGAGACCAUCAGAAGGCCGUUUCUCUCUGGAUUCCCAGGAGGGAGACAGUGGCUUGGACUCUGGGACAGAACGUUUUUCUUCCCUUAGUGAGUCGUUGAUGAAUCGGAACUCAGUACUCUCAGAUCCUGGACUAGACAGUCCUCGAACCUCCCCUGUGAUAGGGUCCAGGGUAGCCCAGCACCACAGACGGCAGGGCUCAGAUGCACCGGUCCCCCCAACCAGCGACCAGGGUGUAGAUCAAAGCCCAAAGCCUUUAAUUAUUGGCCCAGAGGAAGAUUAUGACCCGGGUUAUUUCAACAACGAGAGCGACGUCAUCUUUCAGGAUCUUGAGAAACUGAAGUCACGUCCAGCUCACCUAGGUGUUUUUCUACGCUACAUCUUCUCUCAGGCGGACCCCAGUCCACUGCUUUUUUACUUGUGUGUAGAAGUUUAUCAGCAGACAAACCCCAAGGAGUCCCGAAGCUUGGGAAAAGACAUCUGGAAUAUUUUCCUAGAGAAAAAUGCGCCUCUGAGAGUGAAGAUCCCUGAGAUGUUACAGGCUGAAAUUGACUCGCGCCUGCGGAACAGUGAGGAUGCCCGCAGUGUUCUCUGUGAAGCUCAGGAGGCAGCCAUGCCCGAGAUCCAGGAGCAGAUUCACGACUACAGAACGAAGCGCACCCUGGGGCUGGGCAGCCUGUAUGGUGAAAAUGACUUGCUGGACCUGGAUGGGGACCCUCUCCGAGAGCGCCAAGUGGCCGAGAAGCAGCUGGCUGCCCUUGGAGAUAUUUUGUCCAAGUAUGAGGAAGACAGAAGUGCCCCCAUGGACUUUGCCCUCAAUACCUACAUGAGCCAUGCUGGGAUCCAUCUUCGAGAUGCACGACUUUCCAACACAUCUGAAAAGGCCCAAUCAGCUCCUGACAAGGACAAGUGGCUACCCUUUUUCCCUAAGACCAAAAAGCAGAGCAGCAAUUCCAAGAAAGAAAAGGAUGCCUUGGAGGACAAGAAGCGAAAUCCCAUCCUCAAAUACAUUGGGAAGCCCAAAAGCUCUUCUCAGAGCACAUUUCAUAUUCCCUUGUCCCCUGUGGAAGUCAAACCAGGCAAUGUGAGGAACAUCAUUCAGCACUUUGAGAACAACCAGCAGUAUGAUGCCCCAGAACCUGGGACGCAGCGACUCUCAACAGGAAGCUUUCCUGAGGACCUGCUGGAGAGUGACAGUUCACGCUCAGAGAUUCGCCUAGGCCGCUCUGAGAGCCUCAAGGGCCGGGAAGAGAUGAAACGAUCUCGAAAGGCAGAGAACGUGCCCCGCUCCCGCAGUGACGUUGACAUGGAUGCUGCUGCUGAGGCCACUCGCCUCCACCAGUCAGCCUCGUCCUCUGCCUCUAGCCUCUCCACCAGGUCUCUUGAGAACCCAACCCCUCCCUUCACCCCCAAAAUGGGCCGCAGGAGCAUUGAGUCCCCCAGCUUGGGCUUCUGCACAGAUGUCCUCCUUCCCCACCUCCUAGAGGAUGAUCUGGGCCAGCUGUCUGACCUGGAGCCAGAGCCAGAUGCCCAGAACUGGCAGCAUACGGUGGGCAAGGAUGUGGUGGCUGGGCUAACCCAGAGGGAGAUUGACCGGCAGGAGGUCAUCAACGAGCUGUUUGUGACUGAAGCUUCCCACCUGCGCACACUCCGGGUCCUAGACCUCAUCUUCUACCAGCGAAUGAAGAAGGAGAACCUCAUGCCCCGGGAGGAGCUGGCCCGGCUUUUCCCUAACCUUCCUGAGCUCAUAGAGAUUCACAAUUCCUGGUGUGAAGCCAUGAGGAAGCUCCGGGAGGAGGGCCCCAUCAUCAAAGAGAUCAGUGACCUCAUGCUGGCUCGGUUUGAUGGUCCCGCCCGAGAGGAACUCCAGCAAGUGGCUGCACAGUUCUGUUCCUAUCAGUCAAUAGCCCUAGAGCUGAUCAAGACCAAGCAGCGCAAGGAGAGUCGAUUCCAGCUCUUCAUGCAGGAGGCAGAGAGCCACCCUCAGUGCCGGAGGCUGCAGCUGAGAGACCUCAUCAUCUCGGAGAUGCAGCGGCUCACCAAGUACCCACUGCUGCUGGAGAACAUCAUCAAGCACACGGAGGGUGGCACCUCUGAGCAUGAGAAGCUCUGCCGGGCCCGGGACCAGUGCCGGGAGAUUCUCAAGUACGUGAAUGAGGCGGUGAAGCAGACAGAGAACCGGCACCGUUUAGAGGGUUACCAGAAACGCCUGGAUGCCACCGCCCUAGAGAGGGCCAGCAACCCCCUGGCAGCAGAGUUCAAGAGCCUGGAUCUAACAACCAGAAAGAUGAUCCAUGAGGGACCCCUGACCUGGAGGAUAAGCAAGGACAAGACCUUAGACCUCCAUGUGCUGCUGCUGGAGGACCUCCUAGUGCUGCUGCAGAAACAGGAUGAGAAGCUGCUGCUGAAGUGCCACAGCAAGACCGCCGUGGGCUCCUCGGACAGCAAGCAGACCUUCAGCCCCGUGCUCAAGCUCAAUGCUGUGCUCAUCCGCUCCGUGGCCACAGAUAAACGGGCCUUCUUCAUCAUCUGCACCUCCAAGUUGGGCCCACCUCAGAUCUAUGAGCUGGUUGCACUGACAUCAUCAGACAAGAACACAUGGAUGGAGCUCUUAGAAGAAGCUGUGCGGAACGCCACCAGGCACCCUGGAGCUGCCCCAACACCCGUCCAUCCCCUGCCCCCAAGCCGCCAAGAGCCAGCCCACCAGGGCCCCACACCCAGCAGGCUAGGACUGGAUGACUCGGAAGUGUUCCAUAGUGGGCCAGAACCUGAGGAGCUGCCUGGAGGCACUGGGCCCCCGCAGAGGGUGCAAGGGAAGCACCCGGUACUGCUAGAGGAUCCUGAGCAGGAGGGCAGGGUAGAGGAAGAGGAUCUGGGUGUCCUGCCUCAUCCUUCCGCAUCCCUGGAUGAAGAGAGCAGGGGCACCCUGACAAGAGCCCCCAUCCACCUGGCCCUCCCAGGCCCUCUGUUCAUGGAAGGCCUGGCUGAUUCUGCCCUGGAAGAUGUGGAGAACCUGCGGCACCUGAUCCUGUGGAGCCUGCUACCAGGUCACACCAUGGAAGCGCAGGCCGCUGGGGAGCCGGAGGACGACCUGACACCUACACCUUCUGUCAUCAGCAUCACCUCUCAUCCCUGGGACCCGGGCUCCCCAGGGCGAGCUCCCACUGGGGGUGAAGGGGACAGUGCCCAGCUCCCAGGGCCAGAGGGGGGACCAGAGCAGGAGGAUGUGGCUCUCAGUUCUCUGAGACACCUACCCCCAAGGACCAGAAAUUCUGGGAUCUGGGAGUCUCCCGAGCUGGACAGGAAUCCAAUUCAAGAGGCUUCAAGCACAGAGGCCACAGGAAGUUACAAAGUUGUGAGAAAAGCUGAGGUGGCAGGCAGCAAGGUUGUCCCUGCACUACCAGAGAGUGGCCAGUCAGAGCCUGAGCCACCCGAAGUGGAAGGCGCAACAAAGGCUACGGGGAACUGCUUUUAUGUCAGCAUGCCAGCAGGACCCCUGGACUCAAGCACUGACCCUUCAGGGGCAUCCAUGAGCCCCUCCCAGCCUGACAGCCUCCCUGCCUGGCAGACAGAGCCUCGGCCCCAGCCACGGGGAGGCAGUGGAGAUCAAAGACGCCCCAGCCGCUCUCCCCCGAGCCUGGCCCUCAGGGAUGUGGGCAUGAUCUUCCGUACCAUCGAGCAGCUCACUCUAAAGCUCAACAGGCUCAAGGACAUGGAGCUGGCCCACAGAGAGCUACUCAAGUCCCUUGGGGGAGAGUCGUCAGGUGGCACCACACCUGUAGGCAGUUUCCACAUGGAGGCAGCUAGAUGGACAGACAACUCCCUCUCACCUCCAGCUAAGGAACCCCUGGCCUCUGACUCCAGGAACAGCCAUGAACUGGGGCCCUGCCCUGAGGAUGGCUCUGACACCCCCCUGGACGACAGCGCAGCAGACACAUCCUCGUCACCAGGACUAUAACCAUCCGAACCACAAAAUCCUCUGCAUCCCCACUCCUCCUUCAAGGACUGGUCUGAGACCGGGGCACAGGGUGGGGAGACCCCAAACCUCCUCACCAUGGAAGAAGCAGUCGGGGAAACUGGGAUCCAGCCGAGGCCUAGGGGGGAGACCCGCAUGUUGCUUGGUCUGCUCAGAUCGGAGUCAAGUUUCAGUGUCUUUUUCCCUCCCUCAAUUCAACCCUCCAAGGCCCUGCGUCCCCUGAGCAUGCCGACUGCAUCUGAAAGGCCCGCACUCGCCACAGUCUGCCCCUCGCCCCACAUACACACGUAGGCGUGUACACCGGGACGUGCGGCGCCCUCAGACAUUCAAGUGAAAGGAGGAGGCUUCUGUGUAAAUGCACUUUCUUCCUCCCCCAUUUCUCUACGGGACCCCAGGCAGAGGUGGGUGCCUCUCCUUCUCUUUGUCACUUUGGUUUCCUAUAAAUAUGUAUGUACUGUAUGUGCAUCUUUGCUAUUGUAAAUAACUUGGACCGUUUCUCUGUUCUUGUUCCUGGAGUGCUGGAGAUCUUCUAGUUAACAGCCCAGCUCCAGGAUCAGGGAGCCAGACCUGAGUGUCCCUGUCCCCUGUGGCGGGAAGGUAUCCCGGCUUCCAGCCCCACCUAGCUCUAGAGCCAUCCUCUGCAGCUUGGUGCUGAGCUACUCCCUCCCUCCCAGGACUUCUCAUCUUCACAAGAUGGGGACUCGUGGGGAAUCUCUCAGCCCACCUGUGUCCACCCUUCCCUAUCCCCAUAGAGAACCAGUGUCGCAGGUACGGAGCUGAAAACUGGGCCCCAGGAGGUGGGGAUAUGGGAUCUGAAUGCUAGAGUCCCUGAAUUCACCCAGGACCACCCCAGGGCCACUGCAGCAUUGGCCCUGUUGUCACCAUGUCCUCUCCCCACUCCCCCGGUGAACAGAAUAUACACACUGUGCUAGGUGUAUAUAUACAUAUAUAUAUAUAAAUAUAUAUAUAAUAUAUAAAAUACAGAUAUGG